CAACAAAAUAAUAAUAAUGAAAAACCGUUGAUCAACAGACGGUUUCCUUCGAUUCAAAUUGCAGUCACAAACAUGGAUGAGACGAACUACUUCAGUUAUUUGGAGAGACUGGAAGAGUUAGAGAACAAGAAGCAGGUUUUGUUGCUGAAGAAGAAGCAGAGAGCUCUCAGCGAUCGAUUGAACACUUUGAGAUCGUUAAGGAAUCAGUACAGAACGAGUCUCGGCGAAAUCAAAGAAUCCAGCAGUUUCAUCAGCAGCCACGGAAAGGAGCUCGAAGUUAUCCUCAAGAAUGAGAACAGUGAUUACAUGAACGUGUCCAAGGAGAGCGGCCGCAAUCUGCAGCGAAUGAUGGCUCUCAUUAAAGAUGUAAUGCAGUACUCCGAUUCUAUUGAUUGUCCGGUCGAUUUGGAUGAGGGUAAAACCACUAGAUUCAUCAAAGAUGCCACCAAGCAGAUCGUCGAUUUGAAGCAGGUGCACGAUGAUUGCGAAUCGUUGAUAUCCAAUGUGCAAACGUUGCUGUCAAAUGAUGGAACGGAGAAUGAAAAUCCAGGUGCAGAUUUCGAGAUCUCCAGCAGCAAGAAGCAAAGGCAGAGGAGAUCCAUACUAUCGGAGAGUUCGUUCCUCAACACCUUCCAAGCAAAUAACCUGAGUGCCUCUUCGCCUAUCGCAAACCAUUCUUCUUGCUCCAACAGGAAGAACUCUGUUUUUCUAUAAUCCAAUCAUCACAUUUAUUUACAUUUAUUUUUAUAAUAUAC